AUGAAGCCUCAAGAGGACUGUGAAAAUCAGUCCGCUCGAGGCUCGUCGAGCCGUCAGGCACCAUCGACACGCCCGUGCAUACUAAAACCUCUACUAUUCCUGACCGCGCUUCUCUCCUCCCUGGUCGUUGUUUAUAUCUCAACUAGCAUCUUGCGAGUUCCAGAGAAGCCUGUCCUCCCGGGAAUAUUCGGCGAUUCGAAGGUCCGACUCCCCGUUGUCCUCGAUGACGAUCAAUAUCUCAUCGGCGCCGGCAAAGCCGACAUCACCGGCCCGGUCGUCGAGAUAAACUUGAUGGGAUAUGCCGAUGCCAACCAAGUCGGCACCGGUCUACGCCAGAGACUAUACUCCCGUGCCUUCAUUGUUGGAAGUACCAGCCGUCCGGAAGACCGCUUCGUCUAUCUCGUUCUCGAUACGCAAUCCGGAGAUACCGCAGUGCGCUAUGGUAUCCUCUCUGGACUGUCCGCCCUGGGACCCGAAUAUGCAGUGUACGGACAACAUAAUCUUGCCGUAACAGCGACGCACUCUCACUCGGGACCGGGUGCAUGGCUCAACUAUCUGCUACCGCAGAUCACGAGCAAAGGUUUCGAUAAGCAGAGUUUCAAGGCCAUAGUCGACGGUGCCCUUCUGUCCAUCAAGAGAGCCCAUGAAAGUUUGGCACCCGGCCGCUUGAGUGUCGGGCUUACGAAGGUUUACGGUGCGAGCAUAAAUCGCAGUCUCUAUGCCUAUUUUGCGAACCCGGCUGCAGAACGGAACAGGUAUAACAUUAGCGCGAUAGACGACGGGACCGUUGAAAAGGACAUGACGAUGCUCAAGUUCCAAAGGUCCUCGGACGACAAGACUAUCGGCGUCCUUACUUGGUUCCCGACCCAUGGGACCUCGAUGCUUGGGAACAAUACUCUAGUCACCGGCGACAACAAAGGGGUCGCUGCCGAUCUGCUGGAAAAGGACAUGCGCCUUCUCGACGGUGUCAGCGAUGACUUCGUCGCCGGAUUUUCUCAGGCCAGUGUAGGAGAUGUUAGCCCGAAUGUUCUCGGCGCCUGGUGCGAGGAUGAUACCGGUGGUGUAUGUAGCUUCGAAAGAAGUACUUGUUCUGACGGCAGGAGCCAAAAGUGUCACGGUCGAGGUCCUUAUUUCAGAGCGAAGGAUAACGGCGCCUCAUCGUGCUACGAGAUUGGAAAGAGACAGUUCGAGGCGGCGAGAGACCUCUACGAUACUAUGGAAUCAGAAGAGGUACCAAUUCUGGGUGGCGUCGUCAAGUCAUUCCACGUCUUCCAUAACAUGUCGUUCUUCGACUUCGUACUCCCUAACGGCACCCAAGCCCAGGCUUGCCCGGCCUCCCUCGGAUACUCCUUCGCAGCUGGGACAUCCGACGGUCCAGGUGCCUUUGAUUUCACACAACACCAUUCCAACGAGACCAACACCAUGCCUGUAUGGCGAGUGGUAUCGCAUCUUCUGAGGGACCCCACGGAUGAACAGGAGAGGUGCCAAGGCCAUAAGCCGAUUCUCCUCGACGUAGGCGAGAUGAAUGAGCCUUAUGACUGGACGCCCAACAUUGUCGAUAUCCAGGCUUUCCGGGUCGGACAGUUCUUCAUCAUCGUGAGUCCUGGUGAGGCGACUACUAUGAGUGGGCGUCGCUGGAAGGACGCGGUGAGGAAUAGAGCAAAGGAACUGUUUUCCUCGGAUUUUGAUCGAUCAACGGAGCCGAUUGUGGUUUUGGGUGGGCCGGCGAAUAGUUAUGCCCAUUAUAUUGCGACAGAGGAGGAAUACAGUAUCCAACGAUACGAAGGCGCCUCAACGCUCUACGGCCCCCAUACACUCGCCGCCUACAUCAACCGCACCCUCACCUUCCUCCCUUACCUCGCCAGGUCUUCCGCCGCGGGCGACUCCAAUAACCUCCCCCAACCGUUCCCACCCGACAACACCAACGUCUCCCUCAACUUCAUCAGCCCUGUCGUCUUCGACAACGCCCCCAUUUUCAAAAAAUUCGGAGACGUACUCACCGACGUGGCAGAGGAGUGUCCCCUCGGCGCCGUCGUGAACGCCACCUUCGUUGCCGCAAACCCCCGCAACAACCUCCGUCUCGAAGACACCUUUGCCGUUGUGGAAAAGAAGGUCGCCGACGACGACUGGGAAGUCGUCCGCGACGAUUCGGACUGGUAUCUCGUCUUCCAUUGGAGGAGAACGAACGAGCUCUUGGGGUUUAGCGAGGUGGAUCUCGUUUGGGAGACGAAGGAGGAUGAAGGCGCCGAAGAAGGCACGUAUCGGUUUAGGUAUUUUGGGGAUUAUAAGAAUCUCGGGGGAGAUAUUACUGGAUUUGAGGGUGUUAGUGGGGAGUUUAGGUUGGUGAGUCCCGUGAAGUGA